AUAAAGUGUAACACCGUCCUUGCUGAAGAAACAAAAUAGUUACAAUAUGACGAAAAAAUCCUUUUUCUUUCUGACAUUGGCAAUCCUCAUAGCAUAUUAUAUUUAUAUACCCCUUCCAGAUAAUGUAGAGAAACCCUGGAAAAUAAUGCUGCUUGAUAUUGUUAUGAGAACACCAUCACAUUUGGCCCAGUUUGCUGAAAUGCUGGGACUAAACCACUUUGUGGAUUCCAUGAUUUUCUUUUUAAGCUUUCAAGACGUUCCACCAACAUCAGAUGAAAAUGUAAGCAUGACAGAUACAACAUUUAACAACACUCCUGUCCGUAUUUAUGUGCCAAAACGGAAGCCAGAAUCACUAAGAAAGGGACUAUUUUAUAUCCAUGGUGGUGGUUGGUGUUUUGGGAGUAAUGCUUUUCCUGCUUGUGACUUUCUCUCAAGAUGGACAGCAAACAGGCUUGAUGCAGUUGUCGUAUCAACCAAGUAAGAGCUUUCCCCAAAGUAUCAUUUCCCAGUUCAAUUUGAAGAUGUAUACACUGCUUUAAAAUGGUUUUUAGACCCGAAGGUUCUUAAAAGCUACUGUGUAGAUCCUGGGAGAGUUAGUAUUUCUGGGGAAAGCGUUGGUGGUAAUUUAGCUGCAGCAGUGACUCAGCAGCUCUUAGAAGACCCAGAUGUCAAGAGCAAACCCAAGAUACAGUCUCUAAUAUAUCCUGCCCUUCAGAAUUUUGAUACAGAUUCACCAUCAUAUUGAGAAAAUUCACAUUCUCCAAUUCUGUCCAAAUCAGUAAUGGUCAGGCUCUGGAGUGAAUAUUUUACUAUGGAUAGGUCACUCGAGAAAGCAAUGCUUUCCAACCAACACAUUCCUCUGGAAUCAAGUCAUCUGUUCAAGUUUGUUAACUGGAGUUCCUUGCUCCCUGAGAAGUUCAAGAAAGGACAUGUUUAUAAGAAACCGACUUACAGUAGUUCAGAGCUCACUAAAAAAUAUCCAGGGCUCUUAGAUGUGAGAGCUUCACCUUUGCUGGCUGAUGACAGCAAGUUGCGUGGUUUACCCCUGACCUAUGUUAUCACCUGCCAAUAUGAUGUCUUAAGAGAUGAUGGACUUAUGUACGUUACUCGACUUGAGAAUUCUGGAGUUAGAGUGACCCAUAACCAUAUAGAAGGUGUAUUCCAUGGAACAAUGUCUUUUCUGCAUGUUAAAAUCGGUUAUAGAACAGCAAAUCAGUAUAUUAGUUGGCUACAGGAAAACCUGCAGUAAAAAUCUAAUCAAUAUGGAAAACACAAGACCCAGUUAAUCCAAGAGCUUUCAGACAAUUUUGACAGCUAAACUGUAGAGAAAUUUAAACAAACCAAUUCUUAUUGUCUUAUUUUGACAGUUAUCUCCAUUAUCAAAUGCUUACCUCAACUAGUAUAAUUAUUAUUUGUCAGCAUAGAAAAAUGUUACAGAAUUAUUGACUAUAUUCUCUAUGUUGCACUUUCAUCCCUGUGUCUAAUUUAUAUCGUGAUCGAGAUUUUGUGCUUUUUUAUCUUCUUACUUUUUUUUUUUUUUAAGUGUGAAGGACCAAAUCCUGUGUUACCUAAUGGCCAUAUUAGAAAAUCCAAAAACAGUUUAGACAUAAAAUGCACCUUGAUAGUUUUAUUCUGAAUUUGAGAGCUUUAUAUGGGAAAGAUACAGUUAAGAGGUACAACAGUUAUUAGAGGAGACAAGGUAUUAAUCAUAAGAUUCCAAAUACAAAUAUUUAAAGUAAAUAAUAUAUAAACAUAUAGCAAUAAACAAUGGUAGUUAAAGGAAUCUUUUCAAAAAGGAUUUAAGUAUGUCAUAAGCACAAAAUUAACAAAACAAUUUAGUGACAAAAUGAACUUCUAUUACUCUGCAUAAAAUAAUCAAGUCAUUUUACAAUUGUAAUUUUACUCCUUUGAUACAUUAUUCGUAUUACAGUUUGAAGUAAAAGAUUUUUUCAAUCUGUUUUUCCUCUGUUUACUUGAGAUUGAUAGUUUCUGUCCUGUUUUCAAAAUAAUUAUUAUUUCCUUCUAUAGUGUUUGAUCUUUUUUUUUAUUGUUACACUGAAGUUUUCAUUUCACUUGUUUUACUUCUCACUCAGCUUUAGAAUUUCCACUUGGUUCUUUUUUAUAUUUUUCCCUUCUCUCCUCCUUAUUUUUGUCUUUUUGAUUAAAUCCCUGACCUUAUUAAUAAUGGCUGUUUUAAAAUAAAUAUCUGUUAAUUCAUUCUUGAGUCUAUUUCUUUUGAUAAAAGUUUGUUGUUAUGGGUAACAUUUUUAAAACAUGUUUAGUAAUCAUAGUUAGAUGCUUAAUAUUAUGAAUGUUAUAGAGUUAACUAUUGGAAUUCUGUUGGUUUCCUUUAAAGAGUGUUGAAUUUUUGUUUAGCAAUAGUCAAGUUACUUAGUGGUCAGUUUGUUUCCAUCAGGUUUGGUUUAAGAUUUGUUAAAU